AUGAAAGAUAUAAUGAAGGAAGUAGAAGGGAAAGUGAAGUUUUCAAUGGCGGAUUCGACAAUGAUGUUACUUGUUCAACAAGCAAUGGACAAAGCCCAUGAAAAGAUCAAAACCAAACACGGUCUUCUCCUCCGUCUCAAUGCCAUAUCCAUUUUCUACGAGCUCGCUGUGAUACAGCUAGAGAGCUGUCUUAGUUUUGUCGGACAAGAGACUGAUAAACUAGAGAGUAACCACGAGGAAGUGGUUCGAGAUCUGAGAGAGAUUAAAGACAGGCUUCACCACCGUCUCUUAGAGACUGAAAUAGCGAUUCUUGAGAAAGAUAGACAGUUGUUAGAGAUGUCUGAGAACCAAGAGUCUCUGAGAAACGUGUUGGAGAGUAAAGAAACAGAGUUGGUUCAUUUGCAAGAUCUUGAGAGGAAGAGAUUUCAUAGUAAGAUUGGGGAUUUUAUCAAGGAAGAUGAGUUUUCUGAGCUGAAGAGCUCUGUUGAUCAACAAGUGAUGAAUCUUAGACAAAAGCUUGAGACAGAGUACGAUGAAUUGAGAGGAGAAACAGAGGAUCCUUCAGCGGUUGAUAUUGAUGUUUUGAAAGGGACAAUGGAUCUUGCUUUCAACAAGAUGCAUCACGCGAUAUUCUUGUCGGAAUUGGGUCCUAUUGAGCAGAGUUGGAGAUGGUCUAUAGAGAGAGAUUCAAUGGCGUUACUGAUAAAAGGUUUCAUGAAUGGUUUAGAGGAGAAGAUGGAGAAAGUAAUGAUAGUUGUAAAAGAUUAUGAAUCGGGUUUUAAAGAUCGGGUUGGUUCGAUUCGUAGAGAGUUAGAGUGUUUAGAAUCUCAGUCUGAUCAGAUCAUCGUCCAUAGGUCAUCAUCUCCUAGAUCAUGUGUAGCAACAGCAGCAACAAUAUCAUCAUCAUCUUCAAUAGAUAAUGAAAUUGGUGAUGAUAAAGAAGCAAAAGAAGAUAGAGAAGAAGAACAAGAUUCAAGCAAUUUUCCUGUUUCGAAGUUGAUAAAGAGUCAUGAAUCAAUCAUUAGGAGGAAAAGCGAAGAGCUUGCUCCUCCUAAGAUCGAGUCUAUUAAACGACAGAAGAGUUGCAACGGCUCUAGCUCGAAGCGAGCUAUUGAUGAUAUCGUUUCAGGUCUUGAUAGCUUGAUGAGUCUUAACACUAAGUUAUUUGAACAUUUGUUUGAUGAUGAUGAUGGUGAUAGACAUGAGCAUCAUCCUGAAGUGGUAAUGGAUGACAAUUUAGAUGAUGUUUGGAUGAAAAUGCAGAAGAAUAACUCGGUGUUUUCAGACAAUGCGAUAGAGGAGAAAGAAGAUACAGAGAUUAGAUUAAUGAUAUUGGAAGAUACUUACUUGACUUUGCUCAAAGGUCUAAAAGCAGAUGAGAUCACAAACAAUAGAAAAGCGGAAGAAGAAGAAGAAGAGAUCAAGAGUGAAAAGAUCGAAUCCGAGGUUAAAUGUAUGGAUUGUUUAGAGAAUUUGAAUAGGGAGAAAGAUUAUGAGAUUCUUCUUGAAGAUGAAGAAUUCAGACAAGAACUAAGUUGGAUUAUUGUAACAGAGUUGCUAAGAGAAGUUUCAGAGACUGUGGAGAAUCAUGAAAAGAUUGAAGCAAAUAAUAAAAGAGUGAUUGAGGAAGAAGUAAACAGAGCCUGCUUGGAGAUUUCUUUACUCUACGAUGAUUUUGAUUUCAAGAUUCAAGAGAAGUUAAAGAUGGUAACUUUCAGGUUACAAAACUUGGAGAUUAAGAUUGAUUCAACGAUGGAUUUUAUAGCAGAGUUAAGGCAAAGAGAAUCAGUUUAUAGAACAGCUUUUGUUCUUAGGUCUGAGAAUCUCAGGAAGGCAGAAACUGAGGUUGAUCUUCUUGGAGAUCAAGUUGAUUCGCUUGUGAAGCUUUUACAAAAAACACUUUGGACAUUUCAUCAACAUCCAUUGCUUCUCUGCAAUAACUCAGAUAUAUUGGAGAUCUCGAAGAUGAUCAAGAAAGAGUUAUUAUCUGAGGAUUCAUAA